AUGAUUAUUCAAUUUGCUACAGUCCAACUCUGGUCCGCCAUUAUAGGCACGCGACCUGGCGUCUUACUUCCUCAAGACACCUCGUCGUCUGGCAAUCCAGUUUUAGGCAAACGCAAACGGGAUGACACCUUCCAGAGUGAUCUUCCAAAGCACAUUUCCUUAAAAGAUCUUCCGGACUCGGUCUGCUAUCGCGAUAUCGAACUUUUCUACCUAAAAGACCUUCAAAGUAAACGUGAUAUCCUCUAUGCCAUCAUCGAGUUUCGUAAUCUUAAAGGUCGACCGGAAGGCGCUGAUAGAACCAAAUUCUUUAUAUACGGCGAUUAUCAACUGGCAUAUUGCCCGAUAGCUCAGAUCAUUACGUUCGCUUUCCGCGAUAGAGCUUUUGCCAAUGCCGACCUCACACCAGAGCUUAUUUGGCGGCUACGAGUUCUAAAAGGCAGUUCAUCUCUUCCCCUCCGGUAG